UUUAAGCUGAAGAAACAGUGAAAAACGUGCUCCGAGAUUGAUUGAGAUUGCUCGCUAAAAAUUGGUUAUUUCAAGUUACAGCUGUUUAAUUAUAUACAAAAUGUUGUUGAUGUAUUAUUUGAACGAAAAUGGAGAUCGUGUUUAUACACUAAAUAAAGUGGAUCCCAUUGGAAAACCAACCCUUUCUGCUCACCCAGCUCGAUUUUCUCCAGUAGAUCCUUAUAGUAGACAGAGAAUCAUGAUCAAGAAGAGAUUUAAUUUAUUGCCAACACAGCAAAUGAAACUUGCUUGUUAAGGGACAAUAUGAAAUUGUAUCAUCAAGUAAAUGGAAAUUAAAAUGUAAAUUUUGCUCAGAGCAGCAUUAUGUGACAAAUUGUCUUCAUUGUAUUCAUGUACCUUAUGUUUCAUCAAUAAAAAAUUGUUUCUGGA